GACAGCAUCAGUGACUACGGACGGCGCAGCUGAGCUUACUCAUAGACAUACAUGACACAUGACACACGUACAGAGACUACAGACUGCUGAAACUCAAAGAAAAUAAAGAAGAGAGCAACAGCCCAAGACUAUAAUCCAACAGCAUCCUCGAAAUCAGCAAGAUGAUGGUUUGGAACGAGAUAUACCAAUAACGGAGUCAAUUAUUGCCAUGAACUUGCUCCUCUCCGGGCAGUUCUUACUCGUUGAAAACUCUUAUUGUAGAUAACACAGCUAUGAAAUCAAUACCACCUUCCAUAUCCCGACUGAAGAACCUGACGUAUCUCUCUCUUCAUUGCUUGAAAUGGCCACUACCAACCUCUCUUUUGCCUCCUAUGCCAGUAGGGUUAAACUCCAUAAGAGUACUAUCUCUUGCAGGCUGCAAUUUAACUGAUGUUGCAAUCCCUAUGGAGCUUAGGAGUCUAAUUUCUUUAGAUCUUCAAAGGAGUAGUAUUUGUAGCCUACCAAGUCUCAGUGGUUUUUCAAAGCUUGAUACAUUGCGUUUGAAUUAUUGCACAAGACUUCGUGCAAUUCCAGAUUUACCAAUAAGUAUGGAAAUCCUGGAAGCAGAUGAGUGCAUUGCAUUGGAGAAAAUGCCAGAUUUUUCGGAAAUGUCAAGGAUGAGAGUCCUGCAUCUGAAUCAUUCUCCCAAACUCACUGAGAUUCCAGGCUUGCACAAGUCAUUAAAGUCCAUGACAAGGAUUCAUAUGGAAGUGUGUAAAAAUCUCACUGAUGACUUUAGGAAGAAGAUACUACAGGGAUGGACUUCUUGCGGAUAUGGUGGCAUUUUCCUCAACGGGAAUUACAUGCCUGAGUGGUUCAGAUAUUUCAGGGGUGAUGAAGUCUGUCUUGUAGUGCCUCAAAGUGUUAGUAGUAAUUUUAAGGGGUUGACUCUGUGCUGUGUGUAUUCUUCAAACAAACAAUCUGAAGAUUGUCCUCUUGGCAUUUCUAUUCGAAAUAAAACCAAGCAUACUGCUAUGCUCGCCCGGAUAACAUAUGCCUCAGUACCAACUUCCUGUGAUUCUGAAGACCAUUAUCUUUGGCAGGGGCAGUUAUCCAACGAUGUGCUCGGUUGGCAAGAUGGGGAUGAAGUCAAGAUUUUUGUAGGGCCAGUUGGACCAGGAGAUAAUUCUGCAAGAGUGAAGAAAAUAGCGGUUGAUCUUGUCUGGGACAAAUUUAUGAAGGAAAAUAUGGAUGAUUCGCAUCCUGGCUUAUAUGAUUUUAACCCACAUGAGGCAAGAGCAAGCCAUGACGCAUUUGAUGGGAGCCUACCUUCCAAAAUAUUGAGGUCUGAUAAUACUGUUGGCGAUGAUGACGAGGCAGGGCCAAGCAAUGAUUCAUCUGAUGAGAACCAAGCUCCCAAAAGAUCAAGGCCUGAUCCUGGUAAUUAAAUUAAUUAGUGCAGAUGAACUGUUACCAUGAUCCCCCUCUUGGCAAUUUAUGUACUUGUCUUCUCUCCAUCGUCUUAUUUUUCAAGGAUGCUCUCCUUGAUGAUGGUUAUAGUUGGGGCCAGGUAUGAAGUCCUCCCUAUAUUUCUUCGUUAAAGUCAUUAGUAAAGCUCUUCUUGAUGAUGGUUUGAGGAGCCACCCUAUUAUUUUUGCUGUUGCAGUUCAUCCCUCGCAAAAGAGGUGUCACAAUUAAGUGGUUCCUCCAACCCCCAAAGUCGAUGGAUCGAAAUUAUUUUUGAAGCUCAAAAAUAUAGGUCAAGCUGGAGUCCUUGCUGCCGAAUGCCAAGCCCUUAGAUGGUGUAGCUUAUAUACUUCACAAGCGAUUGAAAAAGGUUGAGGUUGAGGGUGAAGCAAAAAUUAUUAUGUAAUGUGCGAAGAAACAAGCCGUUUAAGCAUACUCUAGGGUGGGAAACUUCCUAGAGGGAUGUGCUUGCCAAGCCUUUUUAAGUCUUUGUUUCGUAUUAAUACAGCAGUUCAAUAUAAGUCAUCACAUUUGUUUUUUAUUUUAUUGA